ACUGUUCAUAAUAUUAGAGGGUGUCUUGGGACUGUUCAUAAUUUUAGAGGGUGUCUCAGGACUGUUCAUAAUUUUAGAGGGUGUCUUGCAACUGUUCAUAAUUUUAGAGGGUGUCUUGGGACUGUUCAUAAUUUUAGAGGGUGCCUCAAGACUGCCCAUAAUUUUAGAGGGUGCCUCAGACUGUCCAUAAUUUUAGAGGGUGUCUUGGGACUGUUCAUAAUUUUAAAGGGUGUCUUGGGACUAUUCAUAAUUUUAGAAGGGUGUCUUGGGACUGUUCAUAAUUUUAGAGGGUGUCUUGGAACUGUUCGUAAUUUUAGAGGGUGUCUUGGGACUGUUCGUAAUUAUAGAGGGUGUCUCGGGACUGUUCAUAAUUUUAGAGGGUGUCUUGACAUUAUC